AUGGUAUUUAGUUUUUUAAAAAAUUUAAUUUUUAGUAAUAAUAAUAAAAUUAAAUUAUCUGAUCAAUUAAUUGUAGUAACUGGUGCAUCAAGUGGAAUUGGAUUAGGUAUUACAAAUGAAUUUGCUAAAAAAGGUUGUAAAGUUAUUUUAAUUGGUAGAAAUGAAAAUAAAUUAAAAAAUAUUAUUGAAAAUAUUAAAAUUCAAUUUGGAAAUGAAAAAUGUUAUUAUAUUUGUUCAGAUUUAACUAAAGAAGAAGAUUUUAAAAAUUGUAAACAAGAAAUUGAAAAUAUUUCAAAUAAAUUUGGACAAUAUGUUGAAAUUUUAGUAAACUGUGCUGGAUCAGGUACUUGGAAAUAUAUUGAAGAUACAUCUUUUAAAGAAUGUAAUGAAUUGAUUUCAUCAUCAUAUUCAAUUACAUUCAAUAUGAUAAGUUCAUUACUAAAACCAAUGCUACUUAAUGGUGAUGGGACCAUUGUGAUUAUCAAUACACCAGUUUCGUCAGUACCAAUCGGGGGUUGUGUUGGAUAUUCGUGUUCGAAAUGGGCAAUUAGGGGUUUGACUCAAUGUUUAAAAUUUGAUUUAUCAGGUACUGGUAUUAAUAUAUUGGAAGUGAUUGGAGGUGAAAUUAAAACUGACUAUUUCCAAAAUAAUAAUAUCAAUGAUGAUCAAUUUCCAAUUAUAAGAAAAUAUUUACCAAAAGUUUCAAUUGAUCAAAUUUCAAAAGCUACCAUAUCUGCAAUUGAAAAUAGAAAACAAAGAAUAACUUUACCAUUUGAAUUAAACUUUUUUUUAUUAUUAAAUUUUUAUCCAUUUUCAAAUUUAUUUAAAUAUUUUUUAAAAUCUGAAAAAUCAAAAAAUUAUUUAAAAUCAAUUAAAUUAGAACAAUUACAACAACAACAAUUAAAAUAA